AUGAAUGGGUUCUUCUUAUUGGUCGCAAAGUUGCAACUUUGCUACCAACUACUACUACUGCUGCCCAAUUUUGUGCGUCGUAAUUUGCUGGCUAUUAGAGAGGUUUUCGUAAUCACGAGUAAUGUAGUUUUGUCUGAACUGGCUACUAACGAACAACAUGGCGAAAAUUCACUAUAUUUUGAGGGAUGGAAAGCAUACAACAAAGAUCCUUUCGACCUCAAGGAUAACCCGAAUGGGAUUAUUCAACUGGGUCUAGCAGAAAAUCAGCUUUCAGUUAACAUGAUUGAAGAUUGGAAUAAGAGAAAUCUACAAGCUUUCAUUUUCUCAAUCACAAAUCAAGAUCAUGGAUUGUUUGAAUGCUUAAUUAAUGGGAUUGCAAAAUUAAUGGAGAAAACAAGAGGGGGUAAUGUUAAGUUUGAUGCUGAACGUAUAGUAUUGACUGCUGGGGCUACUGCAGCUAACGAGACUCUCAUCUCUUGUUUGGCCGAUCCUGGCGAUGCUUUUUUAAUCCCCGCACCUUAUUACACUGGAUUCGAUAGGGAUUUAUGUUGGAGAACUGGUGUACAACUUGUACCUAUUUCAUGCAAUUGCUCCAACAAUUUCAAAAUUACAAUAGAAGCUGUGAAAGAGGCAUAUGAAAAAGCCCAAAAAGCAAAUAUCAAACUCAAAGGUUUGAUCUUGACCAAUCCUUCUAAUCCAUUAGGCACCGUUUUGGAUAGGGACACACUCAAAAAAAUCUUGAUCUUCACUAACGAACAUAGCAUCCACCUUGUUUGCGACGAAAUCUAUGCUGGCACCGUGUUUGAUGCUCCACGAUUUGUCAGCAUCGCUGAAAUCAUUGAGGACGAAGGAAUUUAUGUUAAUAAAAAUUUGGUUCAUAUUGUGUCUAGUCUUUCAAAAGACAUGGGCCUUCCAGGAUUUCGAGCGGGAAUACUGUAUUCGUUUAAUGAUGAUGUCGUUAAUUUUGCUAGAAAAAGGUCGAACAUUGGUGAUCUGAAUGAGACACAACAUUUUUUAGCUUCCAUGCUGUCUGACGAUGAAUUUGUACAAGAAUUUCUCACUGAAAGCGGUAAGAGGUUAAGGAAAAGGAACGAGAAAUUCACUAGCGGACUUGAAAAAAUCGGUAUUAAGUGUUUAAAAAGCAAUGCUGGGGUUUAUUGUUGGGUGGAUUUGAGGAGUCUAUUGAAAGAGCCAACACUUGAUGCUGAGGUGUCACUAUGGAAAUUGAUCAUAAACGACGCGAAGCUCAACAUCUCGCCUGGAUCUUCUUUUCAUUGUCCUGAGGCAGGAUGGUUCCGUAUCUGUUUUGCAAACAUCGAUGAUCAAACUGUGGAGAUCGCGCUCGAAAGGAUUCGAGUGUUUGUGGAUACUAAUGUUAUGAGUUCGAGUCCUAAUUCUCUGAUUGCUCACUCCAUUCUGUUGUAA